AUGGAGAGCAGUCACCGGCGACCAACGCUUUUUGAGCAAAUGACAGCCGUCGACAACGGCCGGACCACUCUGGCCGCCGCUUUGACUCUCGAUGCCAUUUUGGGAAACGCUAAUAAGCGGCCCCAAACUCCGCCGUCUAACAACCGUACGCUUCUGGAGAUUAUACUAGACGAUGCGUCCAACAAGGACAGGAAGAGUUGGAAAGCGUUUAGAGACAAGAUCCGGCUCAAGCGGCCGACCUCUGCUUGGGCUUCCUCGGUUUUUGUCCCGGUUUCUGAUGAUAAUGUCCAUAGUGAUAGAUCUCAGUUAUCGAGAAGCGGUUUGUUUCGUUCUGACCCGGAUGGUUCCACUCAGGCUGAUGAUGGAGGAGAACGUGCCCCGGUUUCUGAUCCGCCGGUUAUGAACUCUCUGUUGCAAUUGGCGCGGAGGGAUUUGGUUCGGGCUUGGCACAAUCCGGUGCAGCUGUCUCACGAUGAUUCGGCUGAUGUUAGCAUGCCUAGUGACGCUCCGCCGUCGAGAAGCUUCCGGCCACAAACAAACUGCGAUGAUCCGGAUCCUUUGCCUUCCUCGAACACUGCCGUAAACUUCGUUGACAGCAGCGAUGACGAUGACUCUCCUCUGGUUCGUCAUGGUACUCGCCGACUGGCUGCGAUAUUGGCGGAGGAAAGGGCAUUGUCUUCGAGAGAAGCAGCAGAAGCGACCGCUGCGGCAGCGGGAAAUGUUCCGCCAGCAGCGGCGGCAGAACAACCUGUAGAGGCAGUGAAUAAUGUUCCGCCAGUGGCGGAGGAGCCGGUGAGGAUGUCACUAAUUGAAUUAUUGGAAGAAACAACCCAACAAAUGGGGCUGAUGGGAACGAGUUACCUCAUAAGCGACGGUUACAAGUACGAGGAAGUGGGGGCGGCGGAGGAAGAACAAGCAGUCGAAGAAACCAUGGGGCGGAUGGAACACGGUUGUUUCGUUUGCAUGGUUAGGCAAAAAGGCGCGGCGUUUAUUCCAUGCGGUCAUACAUUUUGUCGCGUCUGUUCAAGGGAACUCUGGAUUCAGCGAGGCCACUGCCCACUUUGCAAUGCCUCCAUUGCAGAAAUUCUUGAUAUCUUUUAA